UUCUCCUUCGGUAUCUAUAUAAAUACACACGCUCACUCUUUCUUCGUCUCUCCCUCUCAAUGCUAUGGCGGCAUGAGGGUCCGAUCAUGUCUACCCGCCUGGACCUCCACUGCCGAUGACUCUGUGAUUUCUCUUCCAGAAAUCCAAAAAUCGUUCCCCAAACUCUUCGCCUCCGAUAAUAGCAGGUCCCCUGAAAUGUUGGGCAGCUUGUCGACCUCCGGAGAGACCAGCUGCGAUAGUGGCCUCCAAAGCAGUCUUUCUCUCCAAACUCUGCCAUCUGUUCCCUCACUCCAAAAACUCUCACCCGAAGCCCUAAACCUCUCCGUCUCUCACCUCUGCGUCGCCACUCUUAAGCCCCGCCCUGUCCACAUCGGUUGCCUUGCCGUCUCCGCCGACAGCCUCUAUGCAGCUUCCGGCAAUCAAAUCCACGUCUUCGAUUUGAAAAACUACGCUCACUUGGAUACAUUUAACACUGAUGAUUCCUCUUCUGGCUCAGUGAAGUCCCUUGCUUUCUGCGACGGAAAAAUUUUCACUUCUCACCAGAACGGCAAGAUCCGAGUCUGGCAAAUGACCAUCAGUAAACGGCACCAGCUAGUGGCCACUCUCCCCACUGUUAAUGACCGGUUACGACACUUCAUGCUUCCGAAGAACUACGUAAGUGUCCGACGUCACAAGAAACGGCUCUGGAUUGAUCACGCUGACGCCGUUUCCGGCCUUUCUGUUUCAGACGGUUUCAUCUGUUCCGUUUCUUGGGACAAGUGCUUCAAGAUAUGGCGAGCCUCCGAUCUCCGCUGCCUGGAGUCUGUCAAGGCGCACCAAGACGCCGUUAACGCCGUCGCCAUCUCCGGUAACGGAAUUAUAUACACAGGAUCCGCAGAUUGCCGGAUUAAGGUCUGGGCCAAAGCGUCAGGGGAGAAACGGCACACUGUGGUAGCCACCCUAGAGAAGCACAAAUCGGCCGUCAAUGCUUUAGCAUUGACCGUCGACGGUUCGAUCCUAUUUUCGGGGGCUUGUGACCGUUCCAUUCUGGUGUGGGAGAGGGAAGACAGCGCGAAUCACAUGGUGGUUACGGGGGCGUUGAGAGGGCACAGUAAGGCCAUAUUGUGCUUGAUCAGCGUCUCUGAUCUGCUCUUGAGUGGAUCAGCUGAUCGAACGGUCAGAAUAUGGCAACAUGGAAGUGACGGACGUUACUGUUGCCUGAGCGUUUUGGAAGGACACGAGAAACCUGUGAAGGCGUUGGUGGCGGUUUCCGAUGGGGAAUCGAAGGUCGCCGGUGCAAUCAGGGUAUUCAGUGGCAGCCUUGACGGUGAGAUUAAGGUGUGGCAGGUAUCCGUUUCUAGUCACCAUGGUCCCUUGACCCCGAUUUUCUGAAUCGAAAUAAUUUUAUAAAAUAAUGAUAAUUAUGACUUGGAGGGCGUUGAUUGGUUGGUUAAUUUUAUUAUAAAUCCAUGUAUAAUUAAUUAGUCUCAUUUUUGUUGUGAAGCAUUUAACAAAUAAUGACAAUAGAUGAGUUGGCCAACCAUUGUCACCGAAUCAAUUCAUUGUAACCAUUUCACAUCA